GGGCACGCCGAUAUGUCCGCCGCAGUGGACCGCGUACUGGAAGUCCCGCAGCCGCUUGGAGCGGAUCCUAUUCUCCUUCUCGGCGGCGCUCGUUACGCUGCUCAUCGUGGCUUUACUGCUGCUCUUCACUCAGAGACGCACAACCGUGGACACGAUGCCCUGCCUGACACCGGUGUGCGUGCAGGCCUCGGCCAACAUGCUGCGCGCUAUGGACGAGAAAACAGACCCAUGCGAGGACUUCUACACGUACGCCUGUGGGGGAUGGGUGGCGGCCAACCCCAUUCCAGACGGCAAGUCCAUGUGGGGCACCUUCACUAAGUUGGAGCAGCAGAACCAACAGAUCCUCAAAACAGCUCUUGAAAAGCCCUACCGUGAGCUAAAAAGCGAGUCAGAGGCGAAAGCCAAGCGUUAUUAUAUGUCUUGCAUCGACCUCAACGAGACGAUGGAGGCGCUGGGAGGCAAGCCUAUGCUGGAUUUGUUGGAUAAAAUAGGCGGUUGGAACGUAACGACUCCAAAGUGGUCCACAAACCAGGCAGCCAACUGGAGCCUCCAGACCACGCUGCACAAACUGCACAACGGACUUAACAUGGGUGGCCUAUUCUCCUGGUCCAUUGGAGAGGACGACCGCAACUCCUCCAGAAACGUGAUUCAGAUCGACCAGGGGGGGCUGACGCUCCCGACACGCGACAACUAUCUCAACAAGACCGAGAACGAAAAGGUGCUGCACGCCUACCUGGAGUACAUGACGAAGAUCGGCACCCUGCUGGGCGGCGAGGAGGCUGGGACGCGGGAGCAGAUGCAGGCCGUCGUUGACUUUGAGACGCGCCUCGCCAACAUCACGGAGCCUCCCGAGUUCCGCCGCGACGAGGAAAAGCUUUACAACCUGAUGUCGCUGACGGAGCUAAACGAGCAGGCGCCCUUCAUCGAUUGGGUGGCGUAUUUUUCGGACGCCAUGCGCCUGGUGAACCGGAAGGUGACCCCCAAGACCCCCGUUGUUGUUUACGCGCCCCAGUACCUCAAGAAUCUGACGGAUCUCCUCAACGAGCACACCAACACGACGGAGGGCAGAACGGUGCUCAACAACUACCUGGUCUGGCAGACUGUUCGAAGUCUAACCGUUGCGCUGUCCAAGGCCUUCCGCGACGCGUACCGCGGCCUGAGGAAAGCGCUCAUCGGCUCAGAGGGCGGGGAGGAGCCCUGGCGCUUCUGCGUCACGGACACCAACAACGUCGUAGGCUUCGCGACCGGCGCUAUGUUUGUUCGGGAGGUGUACAAGAGCGACAUCCGCCCCGGG